AUGGAUGACCAUCAUUGCUUAGAUCGUGAUCGACUACGACUACGUCUACGGCUUGAUGAUUUUUUACGAUUAAGUCCAAAACGUUUAACGGAUUUAGAGCCCCGUCUCAAUGAUCGACUUCUUGAACGACUUCUUGAUCGUGAUCGCGAUCUCGAUCGAGAUCGAGAUCGAGAGCGUUUUCUUGACCUACUUCUUGAACGUGAUACAGAUCGUGAACGUGAUCUACUGCGAGACUUCCUCAUAAUGAAGCACUUGUUGCAAUUACUAGAAAACACUUCUCUUGAAUACAAUAAUGAACUAUAUGACACAUUUUUAUUAUUAUCAAACUAUGACACUUCAUUCGUGACAGCUGACGACAUGAAAUUUUUAAUGACGUCAGUGUUUGAAAACAUCACGCUAUACAAAAUAUUUAUACACAUUGAAAAUAUAACAUCAAUUAUUAAUGACGAUGAAUUAUUAACAAAAAUAGAUACAUUGAUUUUAAAUAGUUUUGGUGAUAAUGAACUGAGUAAAUUAAAGAUAACAUCAAUGAAUAAAUUAGAAUCUAUUAAUUCUUUAAUAUCAUUAUUAUCAACAAUACCAAUCUAUACAUUUACAAUAAAUAUAACAAACGCUAAAUCGGUAAGUGAAAAUAAUUUACAAAAUAAUUUACCAAUAAGUACCCAAAAAAUGUUAUUAAAAAAUCAAACAUUAUUUAAUGCUAAUGAUGAAAUUCAUAAAUCAUAUCGCUGUCACAAUAAAAUUGAUUCAAUAGAUAUUUACGUUGGACCACCAGUUUAUUAUGACGAGUUUACUAAUUCUCUAUGUCUAUUAAUGAAUAUACCAAGUAACAAAUUAUGGCAAUCAAGUCAUAACAGCGAUGGUUACAAAACCCAAAUGGUUAUUGUAAAUGAAUUAAAUAUCGUAAACGCCGAACUGAAUAAUUUGGAUUUGAGUGAAGUUAUUGAAUCGGCAAUGAAUCAACAAAUCCUUGGAGUACACAACAUAAAGAAUAUUAUAGAUGAUGCACUAUAUAUUUUAAACUAUGACCAGCAAUCAAAUGACGAAACAGAUUAUGAUAACUAUGAAGAAGAUGAAAAUUAUACAAGUAGUGAAAAUUUUGAAGUAAAUGAUAAUAUAUCAGAUGAAUUAAAUAAUAAGUUACAACAUAUAUUGUUAAUCAAUGAUACAAUAAAAUCUGAAAAAAAUUCGUUGACAUUAAACAAAUUAGAUGAUGUUGUGCUAAAAGCAUUGAAAACUAAAAUAAAAAAUUUAGAGUUGAAUAUUGUUAAUAAUCCGCUAUCAUCGCUAUUAAAUUCAACAUUACCGUCAGAUAUUGAAAUAUGUAACAACCUUAAUCGUCUAACUGUUAAGUCAAUAUUUAUGUCCUAUCGUAAUUUCAAAAAUAAUAUGCCAUUAUUGCAAAUGAAUACAAUAGCGUGCCCAUUGAUUUAUAAACAAUUUUUGGCAAUAUUUCCAUUUUACGAUGGUAAUGUUAUCAAUAUAUUAAAAUGUAAUGAAGUUAGUGAAUUACAGUGUGAUGGCAGUUAUGAUGUUCUGUCAUUAAGACCACAUCCGGCUUAUAAUCCAUCAUAUAUAUCAAACGCAGUUAUAAAGAAGCUAAACUUAUUGAUAUCAUUUUUAGAAUUUGAUGGUAAUUAUACAACAUUUGAAAAUGUUAUUAAUUUAAUAUCAUUUGAUAUUGAUGAUUUGUCAAGUAUUAUGACUAUUAUGCUUUCAAUGACAAAUAUGGUUUACGUAACUGUUUGUACUGCUAUUUAUACAUAUCAUUUAAGUAUAUUUAAACAUUAUCAUGUACAAAGUAUGUAUCGCUUAACGUGUAUACUCGGUCCUGACGCAUAUAAAUUAAUGUUAAAUAAUAAUAUUAAUUUACCUUUAAUUAAAAAAGAAACAAGUAAAUUACAUUUACUAUCUAUUAAAGCGUUAUUUCCUACUCAAUUACAUUUAGCUGAUGUGUCGCUUGAUGAAUUUGACGACGAUAUAGUUUAUGAUGAUAAUGUUAAUAAAUAUAAAUUAAAUAAGCACUUCAGUAAAAUUUAUCCAGAAUACGUGAUAUGGUUAUAUUUAUUAUCGUUAAGUAAUUUAAAUACAGUACGCGAUAAUAAGGUGAUAAAACGUGAAAAUUAUUUAUUAAUGAUGUUACGUAACAUUAUUGAAAACCCAAACGAAUUGUAUUAUAUUAAAAAUAAAUUGCACCAUAAUAUAAGCGAAUUGAAUGCAAAAUUAUCCGCUAACAAUAUUUAUGAAUUAAUGGAUUUUGAUAAUGAAAAUCUUGAUGAUGAAAUUAAUCUGACAGAUCUCUCAAGUUUGGAUGAGAUUGAAGAACCAAUUGUUGAUCGCGUUAAUUAUCAACCUGAACAACAUAAUAUCGAUAUUAUUUAUCGGUAUUUGAUUAGAAAUAAUUGCAGUUUACAAAACGAUAUAUGGGGAUUACUGCAUUAUAUGUUACGGAGUAAAAAUAUUGAUAAAUAUAUUGAUUGUAUAAAAUGUUACGCUCAAGAUUUAUAAAUAUUAUUAAUUAUU